UCCUCUUUCACUUCCUCCUCCCCUGCCUUCUUCCUUCCUUCCUGCUAAGGGGACUCUUUCCCUGCAAGGCCCGGACGCAGCCCUCGCUCCCUGGAAGUGGACCAUGCACUGCAGCUGCCUGGCCAAGCACCUCCCUGCCAUCUCCGCGGCUGGCAACGCCUGGAUCCCAGGCCUGGCCUUCCCCGACUGGGCCUACAAGGCCGAGUCGUCCCCGGGCUCCCGGCAGAUCCAACUGUGGCACUUCAUUCUGGAGCUGCUGCAGAAGGAGGAGUUCCGCCAUGUCAUCGCCUGGCAGCAAGGAGAAUACGGGGAAUUCGUCAUCAAGGACCCAGAUGAGGUGGCCCGCCUCUGGGGCCGCAGGAAGUGCAAACCACAGAUGAAUUACGACAAGCUGAGCCGGGCCCUCAGAUAUUACUACAAUAAGAGGAUCCUGCACAAGACCAAAGGCAAAAGGUUCACUUACAAAUUCAACUUCAGCAAGCUCAUCGUCGUUAACUACCCUCUGUGGGAGAUCCGGGCACCCCCGUCCCCCCACUUGCUGCUGGGGGCCCCUGCUCUAUUUCAGCCAACGCUGCUACCCAUGGGUGUACAGAGUGAGCUCCUACACAGCAUGCUGUUCGCCCAUCGGGCCGUGGCGGAGCAGCUGGCGGGACAGCGGACCCCUCAAGGGCCACCAGAGGCCUCUGGGAACAAGAAGGGAAGCAGCAGCAGCGCCCACCGACUUGGCUCUGCCCCGGUCUCCUGCCGGUUUGGCUCUUGCUGCCAUCUGGGGAGCCCCCUAGACGACCCGUCCAGUUUUGCCCCCUUUACCCCUCCCCUACCAUUCCCUGUCCCGUCCAACUGGCCCCGCCUCUCAGCACCCUUCUUGCCCCCUGUCGCCCCAGAGCAGCACUUCCCAGGGUCCUCCACGCCAGGCACCCUGCUCCCAGGACCCAUCUGUGCCCCAGCAGCCCAGCAUUUUCCAGAGCUUCCACUGUUGGCCAGACUGGCGCAGGGGGCUGAGGAGAGGCUCCGACUCUGGUCCCUGAGGCCCGAGGGGCUGGAGGUAAAGCCCGAAACCACGUCGGCUCCCAGGGAGGGCUUCUCCUCAGAGAGGCAGGGAGCCAGCACUGGAGAGGAAAGCCCCGCAUCCCCCAGUCUGGAGAGCUUCAAAGCAGUGUGGCCCCUGGACCCUCCUUAACGGGGGAGGAAGAUGUGAAGUUGCAGGGAGUCCCCCAAACUCCAUCUGUCCUCUUGUCUACCUCCCUUCUGGCUUUGCACCUUCCCCUGGCUGGAAGCAGGAUGAUCUGAGUUGGACCCACGGGGACCGGAGCAUCGCAGGAAAGGAGUAUAUGUGAGGCUGGGAAUCCCGAGGCAGAGUGCCCCCUCGCCAAACAGCUGAUCACAUUAAGGAGACAUUCUUAAUCUCAAUUUUUUUCUUGUCUGAGGGAGAUGAGAAAGAGGUUCCCAUCAUUUGAAAGACCCCAUACCUGCCCGCACAAGAGGGGAAAUUAAGAGUCUAAGUUGGGGAGGGGUCAGGAGGCUUGUUUUGUCCCCCGGGUCUCAGGGCAAUUGCUUUCUUCCGUGGGCACUUGCCCCUCACCCGGGCUAAGGUCUCCCGUCUCUCUCCUGUGCCUCCAUGCGCCUCUCUCCCACCCCUCUGCUUUCUGUGACCCUGGGAGCUCCUGUCCCCUUCUUUCUCCAAGACCUAAGCAGGUGGGAUCAGGAGGGACGGGCCUCCUCAGCUCCGUAACACUCCACGGCAAACCACAAAUAAAAUGCCCUUGGCAAACCGCCCUCCUGGCUGACCACCCCUGCUGCCCUCUAUCUGGUGUGGAGCUAAAGGCCACCCAAGAUUUCUGAUGGGAAGAGGUGGGAGGAGGGGGUCUGGGAGGGGUCCUGAGGCCUAGUAGAAAUCGAUCCAGCCCGUCUCCUCCCUCUGCUGCCUUCAUGUCCCAGAGAGAAAGGCUGAGACUGCAGCCCGAGUCGCUCCCCAGACCAGUGGGAAACCAGCCUCAAGGAAGGAACUUCAGAGCAGAGCAGAGGUCUUCACAGAGCGACCCCAGGUCCCUGCCGUGGACUUCUAAGCAGAGUUCUAAGGGGAUGAAGUAGGGUGUUGGCAGGGGUCCCCACUGAAGCAUCAGGUGGCCGGGGGAAGAGGAGAGAGGGGUCUUUUGUUCAACUAAGGAGAAGCCAUCAGAAAAGAAGAACGUUCCAGGAGCCAAGGCAACAGAACCAUAUUGCUCUGCUAUCUCUAGGCUGCCAAUUAUAGGUUUAGGAUUUCUCUCUACUUCCUUCCCACGAUGGAGAGCAGAAACCAAGGAGGCUCAGAGGGUGCCUUUUGUCCCUCGUUUGUCCCUGCCUCUCAUCCAAAGAGUAGGGGCGCAUCCUUCUCUCGGAGCUCCCUGUUCAUUCUGCUUUUCACUGCCGCUCAGGCCUUAUUUGUGGCAGAUGCCUGUUCUCAUGGAUGGAAUGGGGAAGAAGAGACCCAGAGAAAGGUGGGGCUAAGCCCUCAUCCCACAGAAAGGUUAAGAUGAUCAAGGAACCAGCCCCCAGGCUUCCAAGCUGGAGAGAGGCUGGGAGAAAGCAUCUGUGAGUGGUCUUCAUCUCGGUCUCUCUCCCUUACCCCAGAUGCCCAAAAGGGGGACCUCAGACUGUCUCUCCAGGGAGAUCCUAGGAGCUACAGUGAAAACUGCUUCUCAUUCACUCCCAAAGUCACAGGCCCAUCCCCAGUCCUAUGGGAAGGAUGAACCCCCAGCCUGGGGCUUUCCCAUCAUCCUACCCAGUUUAGGGAAACAAAGAGCUAAUGUUGUCUGUUUCGACACAAGGAAAUGGAUCUCACUGUCAUAGGGCUAGUGUCCUCUUCAGAGAGGCCAGUCUCAAGGACAGGGUCCCAUAAAUAGGGACCCCCGUGUGCCUUCUGCCUGACCCCUCCUCCUCGUCAAUGGUUUGUUGCUAUGAUCCCCACGUUUCAGACAAUAAAAAAUGCU